ACGGCCCACUGCAACAACAGUCUGAAGUCACCACCGCGAGAAACAGCAUGAGAAUCCAGGAUCAUGAACAAACAACAUCACAUCGCAUUCCUCUUCUUCGUUGUUUGUUUGUUUCAGUUGCCUAUCACCAGAUCACAGCUCCUAUGUCAGACCAGCGACAGGCCACAAGUCGUGGAGUUUUUGCCAGACGACGGGGCUCCACUGGUUGCGCCGCUCAGGAGUGGACUGCCCGUCGGCUCCGUACUCUCUUUGGAGGGCUCAGCUCCACUCGAUGCACAGGAAUUUGUAGCUGAGCUGUUAAUCCCAGACAACGUGAGAUUCUUGGAGCAAUCGCCGAUGGCAUUGAGUUUCCGUGCACAAUUUGACAUAGAGCAGAUAUACCACAACUCAUUCCUGGAACAUGCCUGGGGGAAACAAGAGAUCCCAAACUGGUUCCCACUACAGCCAGGUGCUGAUUUCAACAUCACUUUUGAGUCGGAAGACCAGGGCUUCAAGAUUUAUGUGAAUCAGGAAUUUUUCUGGAUGUUUUUCCACCGGGUGGAUCCUUCCCAGGUGUCACACGUGCGUGUUGCUGGUGACAUCACUCUUUACAAGCUUACUUACCAUGUGGGAAUGCAGCAAAAAUGCCGGCCACGUGGAGACCUUCACGCACAACAACUGCCAGUCUCAGGAGCUGUUCCUCACAUGGCACAUUUGCAGCAUCCAUUUUCAACAGGCUCUGUCAUCUCAGUAACUGGCACCCUGAACAACAAUGCUGAGUGGAUGAUCAUCAACCUGCAGUCUGAUGGAGACUUUGAGGAUGUGAUAGUUCUUCAGUUCAAUGCACAACUCAAAGAUGGCACAGUUAUACACAACACAUACUUCAAUGGUGUGUGGGGCUGGGAUUUCAGCAAUGACACAGUACCACUGCAGAGAGGGGCUGAAUUCAGCAUUGACUUCCAUUCUGAUAAGAGACAUAUCAAGGUGUGCAUCAAUGGUGCAUUGUUCUCACGCUAUGAACACCGCUUGAACCCUGAGCGUGUCACUAUGGUUCUGGUGAAUGGUGCUCUCACAUUGAAGAGUGUGCUCCACUACACUAACGGGACAUGGAGUGGCAUCCCACAAAGUUCUUUCAAGACAUGCUCCCCCCUAGGAGUGUCUCCCAGUUUUAAAAAUAUCUUGUGUGAACUGUGCUCCCAUCUGCCAGACCAAGACAUGUCUGUCAUGGCCACCCCAGUGCGGUUCAAGCAGCGGCCUUGAUUGUGAAGAAAGAUACAUGAGAUUUGAAGUUCUUAAAAUAACAGUGAUUUAGAUCAGGAUGCCCUGAGAAGACAGUCGAAGUGUUGCAGUAUACUCUUUAGUUACAUAAUGUACAAGGUUAAGGAAGGUAACACAUUGGCACUGCAGCCCACAGUAAGUCUCAGCCUCUUUGUGGAGGCAUAGCUCCAUGCUGUCCUAUCCAUAGUGAGUGAUCAACUCUGUGUGUAAGACACAUUUCCCUCUCCCAGGAAAUAAUCACUGGAUAAGAGGCUAGGUGGACCAUAGAGUCAGUCUAGAUAUGGUGUCAACGAAAAACCUUUGCCCCUUUUAAGUACAUAGCCUUGUCAUUGUUCUGACUGAGCUAGUCAGCUCACAGUUACAAUGCGGUGUAUGUUAUUUCAAAUAAAAUAUUAACCAUUCUCAAUGUUUUAA